AUGAAGACAAUCCCAUCUUCUGUUAAGUUCUUGAAGGAGAUGUGCAUGAAGAAGAAGAAGUUCAAAGAACAUGAGCAAAUGGCUCUUUGUGAAGAAGUGAGUGCUAUCAUUCAAAGAAAGCUUCCACCAAAGCUCAAAGUUCUGGGAAGCUUCACUAUUCCAAGCAAGAUUGGAGAAACUACUUUUAACAAGUGCUUGAUGGAUCUUAGGGCAAGUAUCAAUUUAAUGCCCUACUCGGCAUUGAAGAAGCUUAGUCUUGAAGGAGCUUUGAAACCAACUUCAAUCACUCUCCAAUUGGUGGAUAGAAACGUGAGGUAUCCUAGAGGAAUCUUGGAGAGUGUGCUUAUCAAUGUCGCAAUGUUUGUUAUACUGGCGGAUUUUAUAGUUUUAGACAUGGAGGAAGCCCCAUGGUUGGCAAUGAGCUUCUUAUCAUAUUCAGGAGAGCUUUCAUGGCCACCGCCGGUAUCAAGAUUAAUGUGA